ACAGCAAAUUUUUUGCUUGUCGUAGCAACAAAAUCAGCAUCAUGACUAAAGGUACGGUGGUUCUGGCCUAUAGCGGCGGACUGGACACGUCCUGUAUUCUGGUGUGGCUCAAGGAGCAGUGUUACGAUGUCAUCGCUUACAUGGCCAACAUUGGACAAGAUGAGGACUUUGAAUCCGCUCGCAAAAAGGCAGAAAACCUCGGUGCCAAAAAGGUGUUCGUGGAAGACCUUCGCACCGAGUUCGUGGAGGACUUCAUCUUGCCCGCUGUCCAGGCCAACGCCGUCUACGAAGACCGCUACCUGCUGGGCACCGCGCUGGCUCGGCCCUGCAUCGCCCGGCGCCAGAUUGAGAUCGCGCGGCGGGAGGGAGCCCAGUUUGUGGCGCACGGUGCCACGGGGAAGGGCAAUGACCAGAUCCGUUUUGAGCUGGCUUUCCACGCCCUCCUUCCGGGGGUUAAGAUUAUUGCACCCUGGAGGAUUCCCGAGUUCUACAACCGUUUCCGGGGGAGAACAGACCUGAUGGCAUACGCGCAGAAACACGGCAUCCCUUUGCCCGUGACUUCGCAGGCCCCCUGGAGUAUGGACGCCAACCUUAUGCACAUCAGCUACGAGUCCGGUAUUCUGGAAAAUCCCAAGAACCAGGCUCCAAGUGACCUCUAUCAAAUGACCAAGAGCCCAGAAGACUCCCCCUCCUCUCCUGAUGUAUUGGAGCUGCAAUUCAAAAACGGAAUCCCCGUCAGGGUGGUCAACGAGAAGCAAGGAAUUUCCAAAGAAACCCCCUUGGAUAUAUUGCUAUUUCUAAAUGAGAUUGGAUCGAAGCACGGAGUGGGCCGCAUCGACAUUGUGGAGAACCGUUUCAUCGGCAUGAAGUCCCGAGGGAUUUAUGAAACCCCCGGCGGCACCAUCCUGCUGGAGGCCCAUCUCGACAUGGAGACGUUCACCAUGGACAAGGAAGUGCGCAGAAUCAAGCAGGGGCUCGGCGUCAAGUUCUCUGAACUGGUCUACAACGGAUUCUGGUACAGUCCAGAGUUUGACUUUGUGCGGCACUGCAUAAACAAGUCCCAGGAGAACAUCGAGGGCAAAGUGCAGCUGUCGGUCUUCAAGGGCCAGGUCUACAUCCUGGGGCGAGAGUCGCCCAAGUCUUUGUACAACGAGGAGCUGGUCAGCAUGGACGUGCAGGGAGACUACGACCCGUGCGACGCCUCUGGAUUCAUCAAGAUCAACGCUAUCAGGCUCAAGGAGCACCAGCGUCUGCAGGGCCUGUCCGGCACCAAGCAGUGAGGGUACGAAGGCGCCACACGGCAAUUUGAAGUACCGUCUCUAAAAUAUUGAGAGAUUUGUUUUUUCCAUUUUGGUGCAAUGUAACGCGUUUGAAAUCUGGCCACGGUGCAGUGUUCUUGUUGGAGGCUGCUGUGUUCUUAUCGUUCCCCUUGGAAAUGAUGGGAAUCGGGAGAAAUAAAAAGUGCUUUAUGGCCGUCGGAAUUUCAUUUCGUCCUUG